AUGGGACUUGGGAUCUUGACAAUUCUAGUGAUUCUCAUAUGUUUCACCACAGCGGCUAAGAGUAGUAAGCCAUUCUGGGGUCUGGAAAAUGAGGCUUUAAUUGUGAAGUGUCCAAAAAAUAGAGAUUUCCCUGACCCUGUGGACUGGUAUUACUUAAAAACAAAUGAAAGUAUUCCCACACAGAAAAGAAAUCGUGUCUUUGCUUCAGAAGAUCGUCUUAAGUUUCUGCCUGCCAAAGUGGAUGAUUCUGGCAUUUAUUCUUGCAUUAUCCGAAGUCCCACCUUCAAUAAGACUGGCUAUGUGAAUGUAACCAUAUAUAAAAAGCAACCAGACUGCAACAUUCCAGAUCACUUGAUGUACACAACCGUUUCUGGCUCAGAAAAAUAUGCCAGAAUACACUGUCCUACAAUUGACAUGUACAAUUGGACAGUGCCUAUUGAGUGGUUUAAGAAUUGUAAAGCUCUUCAAGGAUCAAGGUACAAGACACACAUGUCAUCUUUGGUCAUUGAUAAUGCGCGACGUGAGGAUGAAGGUGAUUAUACAUGUAAAUUUAUACACUCUGAGAAUGGAGUCAAUUAUAGUGUGACAGCAACCAGAUUAUUCACAGUUAAAGUUAAUCAAGGAUUUUCUAAGUUACCAAUAAUCAAGGCUCCUCGGCACAAUGAAACCAAGGAAGUGGGAAUUGGAAAACCAAUAAAUAUGACCUGCACUGCUUGCUUCGGGAAAGGCAAGCAGACUGUGGCUCUUGUCCUGUGGCAGAUCAACCGACGCAAAGUUCAGAGCUUGGGUGAAGAAAGAAUUCAAGAGGAGGAAGGGCAAAAUGAAAGUUCUAGCAAUGAUCUAACUUGUCUAAACAAGUUUUUGAAGAUAACUAAAGUGAGGGAAGAGGAUUUGUCCCGGGAGUAUGACUGUGUGGCCUGGAAUCUGCAUGGCAUGAAAAGGCACACCAUAAAAUUACAAAGGAAAAAGCCAAUUAAUCGUCAGAGCAUGUACUACAUAGUUGCAGGAUGUAGUAUAUUGUUAAUGCUUAUUAAUGUCUUGGUGAUAGUCCUGAAAGUGUUCUGGAUUGAUGUUGUUCUGCUCUGGAGAGACAUAGCUAGCCCUUAUAAAACUAAUAAUGAUGGAAAGCUCUAUGAUGCUUAUGUUAUCUAUCCACGGAACUACAGUAGCAGUUCAGAGGGGGCCAAUUCUGUGGAAUACUUUGUUUACCAGAUUCUGCCUGAUGUGCUUGAAAAUAAAUGUGGAUACAACUUAUGCAUUUAUGGGAGAGACCUGCUACCUGGAGAAGAUGUAGCGACUACAGUGGAAACCAACAUACGGAGAAGCAGGAGGCACAUGUUCAUCAUGACCCCUCAUGUCUCACACAGCAAGGAGUUUGUCUAUGAGCAGGAGAUUGCCUUGCACAGCGCCCUCAUCCAGAAUGACUCCAAAGUGAUUCUUAUUGAAAUGGAGGCCCUGGGAGAACCAGAUGCUCUGCAGACUGGGGGUCUUCAAGAGUCCCUCAAGCGCCUUGUGGAAGUUCAGGGGACCAUAAAGUGGAGGGAAGACUACAUGGCCAACAACCAGUCCCUGAAUUCUAAAUUCUGGAAGCAUGUGAGGUACCAAAUGCCAAUGCCAAGCAAAGUCCACAGAAAGACUUUUGGUGUGACUGCCUUGAACGACCAAGGUCAUUAG